AUGUAUCAAUUCUUCAAAGACGCCUUCUUCAACUUCGAACUCGUCCGCUUGCUCGGAUCCACAAGCUUUGGUGGAUGUGAAAUUGGUGAAGCACUCGAGGCCCUGCCGGACAUUCGAGAACAAAAUCCAGAAAGCUGGUAUAAUGCGUGGUCGAAGGCAGGGUUGCGAGCAGAAAGACUUGCCCACGAGGCAGAGCAGCAAGGGAACCGAGUCGCCCGCCAUAAAGCUCUGAUGCGUGCCUCCAACUACUUUCGCGCCGCGCAAUUUAUGCUGAACUCUCGACCUGACAAGCGCAUUCUUGAUACUGCGGAGCGCUCGGUUCACAAUUUCAAACAAGGCAUACGUCUACGGGAAGGACCCGUAUACGAGAUUGAGAUCCCGUACGAGAGCAUUCGUCUGUCUGGUUAUCUAUACCUGCCUCCGGCCUCUAAGCGUCUACCGGGUGGGAAAGCCCCUAUCGUCAUAACGACCGGUGGCUUAGACUCGACUGCCGAAGAGCUCUAUCUCGUUGGCGGAGCAUUUGGCCCGGAUCUCGGGUACGCGGUACUCAUAUUUGAAGGACCCGGCCAAGGCAUUGUUCUACGCCGAGAAGCACAUUCAUAUAUGCGACCUGACUGGGAAACCGUCACAGGACCAGUUCUGGACUUCCUUUACACCUUUGCCACACAACAUCCUGAUCUCGAGCUCGACCUAACCCGAGUUGCUCUCCACGGCGCUACCUUGGGAGGCUACUAUGCGCUGAGAGGCGCAGCCGACCCACGAAUCUCCGCCUGCAUUGCCGUGGACCCGUUCUAUUCCAUGUGGGAAGUGGCUAUUACCCGCCUGCCAGCUCCUUUCAUUAAUUCCUGGACGUCAGGCUGGCUGAGCGAUGGGGUCUUCAAUGGUACCUUGGGCCUGCUUUCCAGGUUCAACUUUCAGCUUAAAUGGGAGUUGAACCAAGUACAGUGGGCCAUGGGAAUGAAAACUCCAGCAGAUGCUAUGCGACGAAUGCAGGACUUUACGCUACAAACCGCCGAUGGUGGUGAGUAUCUUCACCAGGUCAAGUGUCCUGUCAUGAUUACCGGCGCUGCAGCAUCUAUCUACGCGACAGAGGAUCCUAGUGCAAACAAGAUUUUUAGCCGAUUGAAGCAUCUUUCCGAGAGUCAAAAACAUCUCUGGGUUGGCAAGGAUAUAGCCGAGGGGGGACUCCAGGCAAAGGUUGGCGCUUUUAGCUUGGCGCAGCAUCGGAUCGUUGCGUUUCUGGAUCGGCAAUUUGGGAUUCACCGGAGCAUAUAG